AUGCUUCUGAGUCUCCACUCAGCCCCUCCUGCAGUGUCUGUGUCUGAUGUAAAGGAGCCCAGUAGUGGACUUCCCAUGUUGCUGUGCUCCUCUCAGGGGUUUUACCCAAAGACCAUAGAGCAGGUGUGGUUUAGAGAUGGUCAGCUCCUCAACACCAGACUUUCAGACAGGCAGAGAGAGGUCAACACAGAUGGUUCCAUCACCGUCCACUCCUACCUGCCUCUGUCCUCAGGACCCAGCAAGGCUGGCCUCUAUCUCUGCUGGGUCAACCACUCUUCCCUCAGCCAUCCCAUCACUGUCAAUCACACAGUCAUGUCCAAUGGUUUCCCAGUGAGUUGGCUAUUUAUUGUGGUCAGCAUUGGAGCAGUCUUGAUUCUAGUGGUCCUUAUCAUCAUGAUCUUCAAGUGUACACAUUUCAAGAGAGUCAAACACCUUUUUCCUCUUGGAACAUCCCAAGAACCUGUCCACACUGUCUCCUCCGUGACUGAGAACAUCAUCUACUCAACACUGGGAGACCAUCAUCCAAUCACUCUCUCCACUGCUAUACCAACAUAGACAAGGGAUCAACAAGCAGUACUGUACCAAUAGGGCCAUAGACAGUACCACCUGAUGUACCAAAUCCUAGGAUGGGAUCCUAGCUGCAGAUGAAUCAUGUAGGACUUUCUCAGAACCACCAUGUUUGGGACACUUGACUGGGGAAUACAAAAAUAUGAAUUUGCUCGUAGGCUAUCUAUUCUAAUGAUGUGUAUAAAAACAAUUUGAUGUUGAAUGGUUGUCCAUACUGUAAUGCCUCUGAUUAUGUUAAUCUCAGAUAAUCCAGUGAUGACUGUCAUUGAUACCAGUAAUAGUCUCUCUAUGUCUGGGUAGCAGCCCAGUACAAUUCCUCCUCCCAGCUGCCCACUGCACUGAGGCUAGGAAAC